GCACGCUUAACUCAGUAGCACGCCAUUGAACCUCUUAACGAUUGUGCCGUCCCAAGUUCAAGAAUUCUAAGAUGGGAUUAGACUACUGGCUUGUGUAAAUGGCCUUGUCAAAUAUUUCUUCAUGUCGGACCGAAUACUUACAUUCGUACAACAGCCACUUGUUGUGGACUAUUCCACCCGCCCUGCUGAUGACCAUAUUGUAUUGGCCUUUUUUCACCAAGCUCGAAGUCUACAAGAUAUCCACUUUAGCUACGGUGGCCACAUUGGCGACGUUACCUUGGGACUCAUAUCUUGUCCGUACCAAUGUGUGGUCAUAUCCAGCUACGGCCGUCGCUGGGCCUACACUGUUCGCUGUUCCUAUGGAAGAAGUCUUUUUCUUCAUCAUCCAGACAUACAUCACAGCAUUACUGUAUACAAUAUUAACUAAAAGAUUAGUACUGCCGACGUAUCUGCUGCGAUUGCCAAAGGGUCAGCUGCUACUUAUCGGAAGCUUGAUUGUCUCAAGUGUUUUUAUUUUAGGUGCUGUUGGUCUUUGGGUAGGUGGCAGAUACACGUACCUAUCUCUGAUUAUGUUGUGGGUGUGUCCUUUUAUGUUACUGCAAUGGGUGAUGAGCUGCCGCUUCUUGUUUGCACUGCCGCGCAAAGAGAUAAUUCUCUCGAUUGGCCUGCCCUCUUUGUAUUUAUGCGUCGUCGACAACCUUGCUCUUCGACGAGGCACAUGGGUGAUCGAGCAAAAGACAAAAAUGGACAUCCGAGUCUGGGACUCACUGGAACUAGAGGAGGCCAUUUUCUUCUUUGUCACGAACGUGAUGGUCAUCUUCGGACUUGUUGCUAUUGACCACGCCAUCGCCAUUGCCGAGCAUCAAAUCGCCAGUUCGCUCGAGACCAUGGAGCAAUUCCCAUCAUUUGGAAGACUUGUCAUGUUGUACUGCGUUGGCCGACCGGAAGAUCACAAUCUGCCCUUUCUUGAAGGCUUGGCCAAGGCGGUUCACAAAGUCUCCCUGAAAAGCCAGAGCAUGUAUACGGGUAGUGCCGUGUUCUGCAGUGGAUUGCGAUUCGAUCUCCUCUUGCUCUAUUAUUUCUGUCGUGUCAUGGACGACCUUGUCGACGAAGCUCCGAACCGCGCUGCGGCCGAGCUUGCAAUCAAGCGAUGCUUGGAGGCAUUGGAAACCCAUUUCAAUCAAUCGUCUGUCAGUGGAAGAAGCGGACAGAAGUCUUCAGUCCUCUCGGGGUCAAAGGAGCAGGAAAGUCUCAAGCAUGCCCCGGCGUCGGAUCUACUCUCCUCCAUCAAUCUCCUCUCGACUUCUCGCCUUAAAUUAGAGCCAUUUAUUGACUUGAUCGCUGGGUUUAAAACAGAUCUUGAAUUUUCUAUCGAAGAUCAAAUUUUUCCGAUUAAAACAGAGAAAGAUCUGGAGAUAUACGCAUACAACGUUGCGGGCACCGUUGCGGCAUUGAUCCUCGGCUUGGUCUUCGCAUACCAUCCGAUGCCGCCUUCUCAAUCUCACGAAGAGCACAAAGAGCUGAUAAAAGCAGGAGAGAAGAUGGGCCAGGCUCUCCAAUAUGUCAACAUUGCCCGUGACAUCAAGCAUGAUGCUGUCAUUGGUCGGGUAUACAUUCCGACGUCCUGGCUUACGGAAGAGGGGUUGACACCCACCGAUGUGCUCACAAACCCAAGCAACCCAAGAUUGACCAAGCUUAGAAAUAUGAUGUUGGACAAAGCAGAUACAUCGUUCCGUGAUGCUGUGGGUGCGAUCGAUGAUCUUCCCAACGAGGCGCGUGCUCCAAUCCGAACGGUUGUGGAGAGCUACAUGAUGAUUGGAAAGAUGGUUAGAAAGUCUCCGAAUGAAGUGCUUAACGGGGAAGGGAAAUUGAAGCUGUCAUUGUGGCGGAGAUUUGGGAUUGCGUGGUGGGCUAUGACCGAUGUAGGAUCAGUGUGAGAGAUGGUACAGUUCCGAGCAGCCUCUACCACGAAAUGAG